GUUUCAGAUGUCCCACCGCCGUUUGACCCCCCUCCCCCCGCUUCUCCACCCCUGCAAAUGAGGUUUGACCAGCAGAGGCAGAGCCCACCUCUGGCUUAGAAUCACUGACAUUUAGACUCCAGGCUUCAACCUGUUUACAAGCGGGCUUUCCAAAGGAAGGGGGUGGGGGGGGGAGGGAAACAGGGCCAAACAAAACACCAACCGCCAUCUCCCCCAAACAAGAAGUGACUUUCUGGAGGCUUCAAAUCAACAGGCACCACCAAAAAGAGAAAGCAAGAGGGGGAAGGAGACAACGGCGACCGGCAGCUCGCCUCCAGUUCUGACAACUCCAAACGGACGCGCUUUUAGAACCGGCUAGCAGGCUGGGGCUCUGCGGAGAGGGGCGAGAAGGUGCCAACCCCCGAGAGGCGCAGAUCUCUCCCCCAGCCUCCCACCCCGACCUCUGUGGGUUUUGUUCACCGUGCUGUCAUCUGUUUUUUAGACUUUUUUUUUUUUUUUUUUUUUUUUUUGCAUCUAACAUGGUGAAGAAAGGAGUGAAGAAGAGAACAAAGUAACUCCUAGGGGAGUGGAGAUCGCUGGUGACCAACACCACCACCGCCACCACCAGCUCCUGCUACUGCGGCCACCCACGUCCACCAUUCACCGGGAGACUCGAGAGGCGCACGGCAGCGGAUCCGAGAAAGGAGCGAGGAGAGGCAGCCGGCCCUUCCGAGGAGUUAUGGAUGUUGGUGCAUUCACUUCUGGCCAGAUCCGCGCCCAGAGGGAGCUAACCAGCGGCCGCCACCUCCAGCUGUCUCCUUGCCUCGCACCAGGUCUUACCCUUCCAGUAUGUUCCUUCUGAUGAGACAAUUUCCAGUGCCGAGAGUUUCAGUACAAUGUGGAAAUGGAUACUGACACAUUGUGCCUCAGCCUUUCCCCACCUGCCUGGCUGCUGCUGCUGCUUCUUGUUGCUGUUCUUGGUGUCUUCCAUCCCUGUCACCUGCCAAGCCCUUGGUCGGGACAUGGUGUCACCAGAGGCCACCAACUCCUCUUCUUCUUCCUCCUCCUCCUCCUCCUCGUCGUCUUCCUCCUUCUCCCCUCCUGCCAGUGCGGGGAGGCAUGUGCGGAGCUACAAUCACCUCCAAGGAGACGUCCGCUGGAGAAAGCUAUUCUCUUUUACCAAGUACUUUCUUAAGAUUGAGAAGAACGGGAAGGUCAGCGGUACCAAGAAGGAGAACUGCCCGUACAGUAUCCUAGAGAUAACUUCAGUGGAAAUUGGAGUCGUUGCCGUCAAAGCCAUUAACAGCAACUAUUAUUUAGCCAUGAACAAGAAGGGGAAACUCUAUGGCUCAAAAGAAUUUAACAAUGACUGUAAGCUGAAGGAGAGGAUAGAGGAAAAUGGAUACAAUACAUAUGCGUCCUUUAACUGGCAGCACAAUGGGAGGCAAAUGUACGUGGCAUUGAAUGGAAAAGGAGCUCCUAGGAGAGGACAGAAAACACGAAGGAAAAACACCUCAGCUCAUUUUCUUCCAAUGGUGGUACAUUCAUAGAGGAAGGCAAUGUUUGUGGAUGCAGCAGAACCAAAGGUUCUUUUGCCAGGACUAGUUGGUAUUCUUCACGAAGACAGUAGCUCAAAAGGCAGAGACACAUUGCAGAUGUCUGCUCGCUUGAAAGAAAGGAAGUCUUUGAAGGUUUUGUACUCACUGCUGACAUAGGAUGUUCUUUUAAUUAGUUCUGUGUCAUGCCUUAUAACCGAGAUAAUAGGCAGAUUAAAUGGGAUGGAAGUUACUCCUAAGCGAACAACAUUGUAUGUUGGCUGGGUUUUUGGUGAAGUUUUUGUUUCUGUUGUUUUUUAACCUCUGAGAUAGAACUGAAAGGACAUGGAACAAUCUGUUGAAUGAUCUUCGGGAAAGUUAUUUAUGGAAUACGAACUCAUAUCAAAGACUUUCAUUGCUCAUGCAAGCCUAACGAUUCAAUGAGCAGUCAGACACGCAAGCAUUUACUGGAAAGCACUUGGGUCACGUCAUAUGCACAACCAAAGGCGCUUUGGGCAUGGCAUCAUGGAAGAGUUGGAUAAGAUUUUAAAAAUGUAAACAUGUUAGUGUAAAACUGUUCUAACAAAACAAAUAGUAUGGUAUGCUUGUGCAUUCUGCCUUCAUCCCUUUCUAUUUCGUUCUAAGUUAUUUAUUUAAUAGGAUGUUAAAUAUCUUUUGGGGUUUUAAAGAGUAUCCUCAGCAGCUGCCCUCUGAUUUACCUUUUCUUUUUCUUCAGCACACCACAUGCAUGUUCAUGACAAAGUGUUCUUAAAACUUGGCAAACACUUCAAGAAUAGGAGAGGAGAUAGGGAAGCAGGGUGAGAGCCCCAUGUGCUAUGAGUUAACUUAAUAUCACUUCUGCAAUAAGAACCAUCAACAAUAAAUAUGACAGUGUCGUGGCACAGCUUGAUGAGAGAUAUCUGCCAUCAUUUAAAAACAUCUAUCACUCCUAAGGCUUCCUUUCAUAAGAAAUAGACCAGAAGGCCAAAGUCUUCUCUUUCAAUACACCAAUGGGGCUC